CCUUCUAUCUAACCCCAAACGCACCAUGGCAUCGCAUCUCCACAUAUUUUUAUCAAUCUCCAUUAUUCUAGCCAUCAUUUCAUCAGGGCUGCCCCUCUGCGAGUCAGCUAGAGUCUUCACCAUAGUCAACAACUGCAAGGACACCAUCUGGCCCGCCGUCACGCCGGGGGACAACUUCGACGGUGGAGGCUUCUCCCUAAAGCCACACCAGUCCCGCGUGUUCACUGCGCCUGUGGGGUGGUCGGGUCGGAUAUGGGCACGAACGGGAUGCAAAUUCGACUCCAGUGGAAACGGUUCAUGCGUGACCGGAGCCUGUGGGUCGUCCUUGAAAUGCGCUGCCUCGGGGAAGCCUCCUGCUUCGCUUGCGGAAUUUACCCUCGUGGCGUCGGAUUAUUACGACGUCAGCCUCGUUGAUGGCUUCAACGUUCCAGUGGCGGUCCUGCCCAUAAAUGGAAAAGGAAACUGUACUACGGUUGGGUGCGACUAUGACAUGAGACCAAAGUGUCCAUCGGAGCUCGCCGUGAAAUCCAAGGGCAAAGUAGUGGCUUGCCGGAGCGCCUGCGACGUGUUUAACACCGAUGAGUAUUGCUGCAGAGGGAAUUAUGGGAACCCCAUUACGUGCAAACCUACGUAUUACUCCAAGAAGUUCAAGGAAGCAUGCCCUAAUUCUUAUAGUUAUGCAUACGACGAUCCAACCAGUAUUUUCUCCUGCACGAGUCCUGACUAUGUCGUUGCCUUCUGCUCUUCCAGGAAGCAACAAGUGUGCACGUACCAUGACCACAAGCUCCACUGCAACGGAUCGAAGGGCCUAAGCUCGUUGAUUAGAAAGUGGAUGAUCGGGGUGCUCAUGGGAUUUUCUAUACUUAGUUCGUGGAAUCUGUUUUGAAGCUGGUUAUCGCGCACACAAAUAUAUAUAGUCGGUCCUUCUGAUCCAGUUCGUUAGGAGUGAUUUUCGAUUGAAGAACCAGCUUUUUUCUUUCUUUCUUUCUUUUGGACGAAUUACGUCUAUCGGAAGCUGUUUAACUUCGCUGCCGUAUAUUUCAACAAUUUGUUAAGAUUAUAUUCCUUUGUUUCAAGAAAAAUCCGGGAUGCGCAAGUGAUACCGUCCCUCUCUUGUACA